CAUUUCUCAUCAACCAGAGCAAAGAGUAUGGUAUCGCGAUGGCUGUUGGCUGGACAGAGUAUUUGGUAGAGGUGUACUUCUUUCCCGGUCUUAAGAGUGCAUGGAUACGAUACCUAGACACACUGGGCUCCAGAGCACAGGAAACCAUUGCUGUUCCGAAGCGGAGGGGCAUCUUGAUCAACUUUUGAAGACUGUAUUUCGUUGUGGGUACUUUAAUGUGAUUUCGGGAACGCUACUCUUAGGUUUAUUGAUGGUCGCGGCCGGCCAAACCCUUCGUACUACUGCAAUGUGGACCGCCGGAUCAAACUUCACACACAUCGUUCAGGACAAUAAACGAGCCACGCACGUGCUCGUUACCGAUGGAGUGUACAGAUUCUCACGUCAUCCGGGAUACUGCGGUUGGUUCUGGUGGUCUGUGGGUACACAAGUCCUGCUUUGCAACCCGGUGAGCACUGUGUUGUACGCCCUGGCGUCGUAUAAGUUCUUCGUAGAUCGGAUUGAGAUUGAGGAGGAAUACUUGAUGGAAUUUUUCGACGGAUAUAAGGCUUACAAACAGCAAGUGUCUACGGGAAUACCCUUCAUUGCUUAAUCCAACAGGCCAAGCGCAACGCUUGAGACGCAAAGCUCACUUACGCGCUCUGGCUUGCGGAGUCGCCAUUGGGGGGUUUUUUUUGUCAGUUUCAUCUCCUGCAGACCGGUAUCGCCCCGCUAAAACACAUUUUUCUCUGCACUCAUUUUUUUUUUUGCCUCGACCUCUAGAGUCUAUUAUGCUGCAGCCGCGUACAUGCUUUGCAAUACUCACUGGUCAUGUUACUACCGGAAAAUCACGUUGGGAUUUAUUCAAAUGAGUGAAACUCAAACUUCAACACUAUGGGUGAAGGUUUGAACAUACAUAUUCUAAUCUCAAAUGUACGUAGAAAUGCCCGUAUAUUGUUGUACUCGACUCAAAAUGAUUCUGAGAGCGACAAUAGACUAGAAGCAUUUGUACUUGCGAUUAACCUCUGGGUAGGUCGCUGCAUCACCCCGCUACCUCACUAGCUCGAGGCAGAAGCUCACGAUCUUAUUAGGUCACGGUUCAGAUCUCUCUACUCUAUAGACUAUAAUAGUUUUGCAGUGAGCUCACAUUGGGCCAAAUGUGGUGUCUGGAAGUUUCAAGACUGAAUGUGUCCUUUAGCGCUCCUGCUAGUGUUUUGAAUUUUAUUUGCUGCCGACAGAGCAACCAAUACACCGAAACGCUACGUCCUUUAGAAAACUUUUCUCCUCAAGCCACCUCUAGUCUAUCGAUCCACAUCGGGAUAGGCUCGCCAAGUGGUGCGAUAUACAAAUCCCACCAGAAAUUUUUGGUCACACGAACUGCGUUGAAUUACAAGCGCGACGCUGGCUAAGCGUCCAUCAAUCACAACACGUGGAUGAUAUCGUACUCAUGGGAUAUUACAGGCCGUGGUGUAUUUGGUGGUGGCUUUCAGUUGUGUAAUGUGGUGGUGAAUAGCGCUUCACAUGUCGCGAGAUAACUGUGUACAAUAUUCCCUACCGUAUCAGAGUACAACAAGUAACGGAAAUGAUAUUAAAUCAUCCCUGUCCGUGUACCUGAAAUGUCAGUCGUUCAUGUUAGAUGGUGUGUGAAUAAAACCAAAAUACUCGAUGCUAUUUGUUCCCGAGCUAUGAAUCCUUCACAUGAUUCAGCAUCGUUCGGCACCCUUCAAAGUAUUAAAGGUCUGCAUUGAACAUGUAUACUUGCAUUGAUCGCUCUCGGUAUAUCAUUUUGAUUCUGCCGACUUGCAAAACACGAUUGCUCUCCAACUUUCCAACUACUGUAGCGGGUCUAUAAUCUGAUGGAAUUCAUCAUUGGCUCUCCG